AUCUUCUCGCGGUUUGAGUUCAAAAUACACAGAGCAACCAGCAUGAAAAGGACAACGAUCCAGUCCAGUGUUAUUGAACUUUGACUAAAUAUAUUAUUAUUGUAUCUAGAAAGUUGUUGAAGAUAAAAUAUAUAUCUAGCUACUAAACAGGGUAAGAUCGUUUUGAUAUAACGUUAGCCUAAUACGAUUUGCUAACCAGCUGUGGCUAACUUGGAUAAUGCUAGCUACCUAGCUGGUUGUUGUUAUGUAACUACUGCUAGCUAGUGCUUUUGCAAAAAUAUUACAAAGCGUGAUACCGUGCUUGUUACUUGCUUUGUAAAACAUUACAAGUUGUCCAAGAGAUGUACUUGUGUGGCUUGUCAUUGUUUGUGUCUGCUGUUAUUCUAGCUAGCUAGCUAAUUUACAGAACCAAAAUGGCAGAAGGAGGAGAGGCAGACUGGGAACUUUGCAAAGAGAACAUCCAGCCCUUGAAGAAAGGUCGGGACAUAUCAGUUUUACACCAGGCACUCAGUCAACAGCAAGAGGGAUCGAGCUCUGCCACCAACCAACACAAACAGUAAGGAUGCCUUUAAAGUACUUAACUAGCUACAAACAGGGAUUUCAGUGCCGUGCUUGGGUUGGGAGAGACUGCAUACAGUGGGACCUUGGCUUACUAGAUACCUAACGUUAAAUAACCCGUUUUGGGGCAGAUCCACAAGGCAUUCCGGUCCUGUGCUUGGCUGAAUGGGGUGAAAUUACAGUGUUGACAAAUAUACAAACAGGCUUAUUGUUUUGUGUUCAACCAAUGUGUUUGUUGUCUUCAGGGCUUUUGAGUCUGAACUGAGAGUGUAUGACGGAGAUGACCCCCUUGAUGUUUGGGAUCGGUAAGAUGAAAAUGAUUACUCUGACCAAGACUGUAAUCAUACCUGAAGGAAUAUUAGUGUGAAUGUCUUAAUGUUCAUCGAUAAUGUCAUUAUUGUAGCCAGAUAACAUGGUUCCUUUUUAACAGGUAUGUUAAAUGGACAGAGCAGACCUAUCCACAGGGAGGAAAGGAGAGUAACCUUUCUGUGCUUUUGGAGAGAGCUGUGAUGCGCUUCACAGAGGAAAAUGCAUAUCACAAUGACAGCCGUUAUGUUGACCUAUGGAUCAAGUUUGUAAGUAACCCUUGUCCUUUUUUCAUACAACUUUAUCAUGUGACAAGUGUCAAUCAAACAAGUUGUAUUCAUGCCUAUGUACAGUACCAGUCAAAAGUUUGGACACACCUACUCAUUCAAGGGUUUUUCUACAUUGUAGAAUAAUAGUGAAGCCAUCAAAACAAUUAAAUAACACAUAUGGAAUCAUGUAGUAACCAAAAAAGUGUUAAACAAAUCAAAAUAUAUUUUAUAUUUGAGGUUCUUCAAAGUAGCCACCCUUUGCCUUGAUGACAGCUUUGCACACUCUUGCCAUUCUCUCAACCAGCUUCACCUGGAAUGCUUUUCCAACAGUCUUGACGGAGUUCCCACAUAUGCUGAGCACUUGUUGGCUGCUUUUCCUUCACUCUGUGGUCCAACUCAUCCCAAACCAUCUCAAUUGGGUUGAGGUCGGGUGAUUGUGGAGACCAGGUCUCACAAAGACAUGGCGGUUGGAACCAAAAAUCUCUAAUUUGGACUCAUCAGACCAAAUGACAGAUUUACACCGGUCUAAUGUCCAUUGCUCGUGUUUCUUGGCCCAAACAAGUCUCUUCUUAUUGGUGUCCUUUAGUAGUGGUUUCUUUGCAGCAAUUCGACCAUGAAGGCCUGAUUCACGCAGUCUCCUCUGAACAGUUGAUGUUGAGAUGUCUGUUACUUGAACUCUGUGAAGCAUUUAUUUGGGCUGCAAUUUCUGAGACUGGUAACUCUAAUGAACUUAUCCUCUGCAGUAGAGGUAACUCUGUAGGUGUGUCCAAACUUUUGACUGGUACUGUAUGUACUCUGUCUUCCUGUAUUAGGCGGAGAGCUGUCACGAGCCUUUGGAUAUCUACAGAUAUAUGCGAGGCAAGGGAAUAGGAGUACAACAGGCUUCCUUCUACAUUGCCUGGUCUGAGGAGUAUGAGAAUCAGGGCAACUCUCGAACAGCAGACAGUGUCUACCAGGAGGGCUUCAAGCGUGGGGCUGAACCUCGGGAGAAACUCCUGCAGUUUCACAUGUAUGGAUCUACUUUAAUGCAGUUUUUUACUGGAUCUACUUCCAUGCUGUUUGAGGUGGUUUUAACUUGAAACCAUGAUAGUUUUCCUACCAUAAUUCAAUGUUUUGUGUAAUCUGCUGCAGGGCUUUGCAGGCGCGUGUGUCCCGGCAGGUGAUGUCUGGCAUGGUGGAUGAGGAGGAGGAGGAAGCUGAGGCAGCGAAGCCUGAGCGGGUUUCUCUGGUGGAUCUAAAACACAGGGGGAAGAAAAAGGCUGUUGCACCUAUCAGUAGAGUUGGUGCUGCACUGAGCAGUAAGCACGUCUCUUUUUAAAAUGAUAGAUCAUCCCAUUCCAGGUUAAAGUGUCAUGUUGGGUUGUGUAAUGUCAUGAAGAAGAAUAUAUUUAUGAUUUUUGACUCUAUAUUACCUGUUUUUUCACAGGUAAUUCACGAAGCCUACAGUUACAAGGCCCACCAGCUCUGGCCAGCAGUGGUCAAAACAGUCGCCUUGUGAUCUUUGAUGAGAACAAGGCUACCAGUGCUGAGCCCUCUGAACCAAAGUUGGAAUCUUGGAUGGCCCCACCCCCAUCGAGAUCCAAGGAGAACGAACAGAGGCCUGAGAAAUGGAGCAACGUAAAGGUAUGAGACACACAGUAAUGGCACUUAAGGCUUGUUGUAAUUUAUAUGACUGAAUUUGUGUGUGCUCUAUUGUAGAUGCCAAUGAAGUCCAGAAUUGGUCACAGUGUUGUGGCUCCGCCCAGCAAGCCAAACUUCCAGCCCUUUGUGGAGGAGUCGGAUCAGCCUCCAGCUAUGUGAGUGUUCACUGAGAUCAUCUUAAUCAUAACUAACUGAAUUAACUACUGUGGCUGGAACAGCAAAGAUCAAUUUUUCUAUUUAAAGAAAUGUAGGUCUAGCAAUACAUUCUUUCAAAAUUGGGUGACUUAAACCCAGCAGUAUGCCUGUGGCAUCGUUUGUUUCUGCUCCAACUGUGUUCUUAAGGUUUUAGUUAUUUGUGCUGGCACCUUAUUCCUCCAGGACACCGUGUAAGAUCAACCCAGCGGUGAAUUCAGUGUUGUCUGCACGGAAGCCCUGCAGGGAUGAGACUCCUCUGAAGAGACUGCAGCAACAGCAGCAGGAAGAGGGGAAAGCUCAGGAGCAGAGCAUGUACUGCAAGGAUCUGCUGCUCAGUGGCGCCUCCGAGUUCUGCUUUGAGGAACUGCGGGCCGAGCGCUACCGCCAGAAGUUGGCAUUGGAGUCAGGGGGCAGUGGCAAGGAAGAGCAAGCGGGCUCUGGUCUUCCAAACUGACACAUUUCCACAAGGACAUUGACAUGUUCAGUGUUUUAUCAUUAGGGAGCAGACUAUCAGUGUCAUCAUGUAUGUAUUUUAGCGUUUGUGCUUUGUAUAUACAAACAUUUCCAGUGGAAAUCAAACCCACAACCCUGGCGU